UGGUCCUCUGCGUAGACGAUCUUGGGCGGCGGGAGUACGGAAGCCGCCUGUUGACAGAGGACGAGACCGGGACAGUAGCAGGACAGGAGCAGGGACAGGACCGGGACCAGGACCAGGACCGGGACCAGGACAGGCAUAGGGACAGAGACAGGGACAGGGACCGGGGACAGGACUCUCUAGGCGGCUGCUCGGGUCGUGUGGGCCCCGCGGAGCAGCAGCACCAGGGGGCCGUCAUGGACAGGACGGCCGUGAUGAAGGUCGGAGCCGCGGCCAGCGCCAGCGUGUGCGCCGUGCUGGGGGGGGUGGUGCUGGCCCAGUACAUCGUGGCCAAGAAGAAGCGAGCGGGCAAGAAGACCAGGAUCAUCGAGAUGAUGCCUCAGUUUGAGAAGUCGACGGUCCACAUGAGGGACCCUGAGCGGGUGGAGCAGAUCAUCUGUGGGCUCAUCAAGGGAGGAGCUUCCAAACUACAGAUCAUUACAGACUUUGACAUGACGCUAAGCAAGUUCGCCGUCAACGGGAAGCGCUGCCCCACGUGUCACAACAUCAUCGAUAACUGCAAGUUGGUGACAGAGGACUGCAGACAGCAGCUGCUGCAGCUGAAGAACAAAUAUUAUCCCAUCGAGAUCGACCCUCAUCUCACCAUGGAGGAGAAAUACCCGUUCAUGGUGGAGUGGUAUUUCAAGUCCCACACGCUUCUUGUGGAGCAGCGGAUAGAGAAAGACAAACUGCCCGAGGUGGUGGGCGAGUCUGAAGCUGCACUCAGAGAAGGCUUCGAGCAGUUCUUCGACCGCCUGCAGCAGCACAAUGUACCCGUCUUCAUCUUCUCCGCCGGCCUCGGGGACGUCCUGGAGGAAAUCAUCCGCCAGGCCGGAGUCUACCACCCCAACGUCAAGGUGGUCUCCAACUUCAUGGACUUCGAUGAUAACGGCGUCCUGAAGGGUUUCAAGGGAGAGUUGAUCCACGUGUACAACAAACACGACGGCGCCCUGCGGAACACAGAGUACUUCAAGCAGAUGAAGGAAUACUGCAACAUCAUCUUGAUGGGGGACUCGCUGGGGGACCUCAGCAUGGCCGACGGAGCGCCCAACGUGGAGAACAUGCUCAAGAUCGGCUUCCUCAACGACAAGGUCGAGGAGCGAUUGGACAAAUAUAUGGACUCUUAUGACAUUGUCCUGGUGAAGGAUGAAACUCUGGAAGUGCCCAACGCCAUCCUCCAGAAGGUUCUAUAACUCCUCCCACAAGCCCCCCCCCCCAGGAGCAGUCCCUACUCCUCUUCCUCCCAGUCCUGCGGCCUGUCUGUUAACAAACACCGUCAUUAACACUGGUUCCAGGUGCAGACUGGUCCCUGUUGAAUUCUCCACUCAU